GAGGUAGCUGAUCAUUACCUGCCUCUGAUCACACAGGAAUUUUACUUUGGGUAUAUUUACUGGAUACAUUGUGAAUUUGCUCAAGAAUCUUUCGCUGAACCCAUUACUGUAUCCCGUCCAAACCCUUCAGUCAUGAAGCCCAUGCAAAGACUUUUGCAGCUGCCAGUGACAGCAGUAAAUAUGGUGAAGAACCACAGAUCUGAGGAGGCCAAGAGCCCUGUUCUUACACAGGAUGGUGGAAUGCAAACCUUCUAUAAUGCCCUACAAGCAGAUGAGUUGCGGCUGCUCAAAUCUCCUGACAUGGAACCCAGUGUGGAAAACAGCGGAUCUAUUUCCACCAGCCAGCCUGUGCGGCAUGAUGACUUGAAGGAGAUGCUGGACAGCAAUAAGGAUUCCCUGAAGCUGGAAGCCAUGAAAAGGAUUGUAGCUAUGAUUGCUAGAGGAAAGAAUACAUCAGACCUUUUCCCAGCUGUUGUGAAGAAUGUGGCGUGCAAGAAUAUCGAGGUGAAGAAAUUGGUUUAUGUCUACUUGGUCCGAUAUGCUGAGGAGCAACAGGACCUAGCACUGUUGUCAAUAUCCACCUUUCAGCGAGGAUUAAAGGACCCCAACCAGCUGAUUCGUGCCAGUGCCCUGCGUGUUCUUUCCAGUAUUCGUGUACCAAUUAUUGUGCCAAUCAUGAUGUUGGCAAUAAAGGAGGCAGCUUCUGACAUGUCGCCCUAUGUCAGAAAGACGGCAGCACACGCUAUACCUAAACUGUACAGCCUGGACUCAGACCAGAAGGACCAGCUCAUUGAGGUGAUAGAGAAACUUCUAUCGGAUAAAACUACACUUGUAGCAGGCAGUGUAGUGAUGGCAUUUGAGGAGGUCUGUCCUGAACGAAUUGAUCUGAUCCAUAAGAAUUAUCGCAAGCUGUGUAACCUGCUUAUUGAUGUGGAGGAGUGGGGACAGGUGGUGAUUAUUAACAUGCUGACACGUUAUGCUCGCACACAGUUCCUGAACCCCAACCAAAAUGAGUCUCUCCUUGAGGAGAACCCAGAAAAAGCUUUCUAUGGCUCUGACGAUGAUGAAGGAAGCAAAGAAGAAAAAUCAGAGCCAUCUGCCCUAGUGAAACGCAAACCAUAUGUCAUGGAUCCUGAUCACCGUCUCCUUCUACGCAACACCAAGCCGCUCCUACAAAGUCGCAAUGCUGCGGUGGUUAUGGCCGUGGCUCAAUUAUAUUUCCACCUGGCACCAAAAGCUGAGGUUGGGGUAAUAGCAAAGCCCUUGGUAAGAUUGAUGCGGAGUCACAGUGAGGUGCAGUAUGUGGUCCUUCAGAAUGUGGCUACUAUGUCUAUCAAGAGAAGGGGGAUGUUUGAACCAUACUUAAAAAGUUUCUACAUACGAUCCACUGAUCCAACACAGAUUAAGAUUCUAAAGUUGGAAGUCCUAACAAAUCUGGCCAAUGAAACCAACAUUUCUACAAUUCUGAGAGAGUUCCAGACUUACAUCCGGAGCAUGGAUAAAGAUUUUGUGGCUGCCACUAUACAAGCUAUUGGACGAUGUGCUACCAACAUUGGUAAAGUCCGUGAUACCUGCCUUAAUGGGCUUGUGCAGCUGCUUUCAAAUCGAGAUGAACUUGUGGUUGCAGAGUCAGUGGUGGUAAUCAAAAAGCUGUUACAAAUGCAGCCGGCACAGCACAGCGAGAUUAUUAAACAUAUGGCCAAGCUAACUGACAACAUUCAGGUGCCCAUGGCUCGUGCCAGCAUUCUGUGGUUGAUUGGAGAGUACUGUGAACAUGUUCCCAAAAUUGCUCCUGAUGUUCUGAGGAAGAUGGCCAAAUCCUUUACCAAUGAAGAAGACAUUGUUAAACUCCAGACUAUCAAUCUGGCUGCUAAAUUGUAUCUGACCAACUCUAAGCAGACAAAGCUCCUUACUCAAUAUGUUCUAAACUUGGCCAAGUAUGAUCAGAACUAUGACAUCAGAGAUCGCACAAGAUUCAUUCGCCAGCUGAUCGUACCUACAGAGAAGAGUGGAGCUCUGAGCAAGCAUGCCAAGAAGCUGUUCCUGGCACAGAAACCGGCACCCAUACUUGAGUCCUCAUUCAAAGAUCGUGAUCACUUUCAACUGGGCUCCUUAUCUCACCUGUUGAAUGCCAAAGCUGUUGGGUACCAGGAGUUACCAGACUGGCCCGAGGAGGCUCCUGAUCCAUCCGUGCGGAACGUGGAGGUGAAGGAAGCUGUACCAGAAUGGACAAAGUGUCCAAGCAGAGAAAAGAGGAAGGAGAGGGAGGAAAAACCGUUUUACUCGGAUUCGGAAGGGGAAUCAGGAGCAACAGAGUCUGCAGACAGUGAGCCUGAAUCGGUAAGUGAGUCUGGCAGUGGUGGAAGCAGCAGUGGUAGUGCAUCGGGCUCAGACAGCGAAGAGGAAGAGGAGAGCGAGGAAGAGGAAGAGUCUGAGAAAGAUGAGAAGAAAAGAGAGAUUAAGAGGGCACCACGCAGUGAGGGCAGUGAUGAAAGUGAUCGGGAGCAGAAGGUAACCGCCAAGGGUAAGAAAACUACUGCCAAGGCGUCUCAGAAGUCAGCAUCAGAGGAAGGGAGCAGCUCAGAAAGCAGUGACUCUGAGACCGAAUCUUCUUCAGAGGAAGAUGAUGAAGAAGAAGAAGAGAAGGAGGAACCACAGCCUGAGCCAAAGAAGAAGAAGAGUCCAUCAGUUAGCAAACCUGCGGUGAAAAUAGCCAAGGAGUCCAAGGAGAUGUCAUUACUGGAUCUGGAUGAUUUUUCUGUACCUUCUGCCCCUCUGGUGACUCCAGGGAACAUGGUGUCAGCCAGUCUGGCGACUGAUCUGGAAGGACUCUCACUGACAGACACGUCUCUGACCCCCUCGGCUACCAGUCCAAUUUUCUCCUCUGGCCGAACAUUUGAGCUGCUGCAUCGCAUGACAGGGGAGGGUCUGUCUGUGGAAUAUAUGUUCGCCCGUCAACCCUUUGCACCAGAUAACCGUAUGGUGGCAGUGCAAAUUCAGAUUUCCAACAACACAGAAAGUGAAGUGAAAAAUAUCCAUAUCAAAGAGCCCAAAUUACUCUCAGGCAUGAGAAUACAAGAGUUUCCUGAGAUAGAGAGCCUACCUGCUGGAGAAAGUACUACAGUAAUAAUGGGCAUUGACUUCUGUGAUUCUACACAGGCUGCCAACUUCCAGCUCUGCACUCAUACCCGACAGUUCUACGUGACCAUCCAGCCACCUGUGGGAGAGCUAAUGGAGCCAGUCUUCAUGAGUGAGAACGAGUUCAGGCGAGAGCAGGGUAAACUUACGGGUAUGAAUGAGAUCACAGAGAAGUUGUCACUGUCUGGAAAAUGUCAUAGUGACCAUGUCAUUGUCCAGCGAGUCAUGUCUACUGCUAAUAUGAACCGUGUGCCAUGUGGAGCGGAUAAAGAAUUCAGGUUUGCUGCCAAGACAGUGACUACUGGAACCCUUGUGCUUGUCACCUUGACUUUGAAGGACAACAGUUUAGCAACAUUGAUCAUCAACAGUGAGAAGAUGGUAAUAGGGACCAUGUUAGCUAAAGAUAUUGUUCAGGCAUUGACACCAUGAUGUUGAAAACACUACACACAGUAAUACAAGGUACUUUAACACUGGGACACAGGGGCUUGUAGUAGGCUAUAUAAUUGAUAAACCAUGAUUAGAUGAACCCUCCUAUAGACAAUAACUGAUUUUAAGGUAAAUAUCACUAAUACAAGCUUCCUCUCCAUUGUAAGUGGGAUUGAUUUGUGAGGUCUGUAAACACAUUAUGCAUACUGGAUAACAUGGCCUUAUAUCACUAGGCACAGAGUCUACCACCCUUCA